AUGAGUCAUAUGCCACUUAGAAAUAUAAAUAAUAACUUUAAUAAUAAUAAUAAUAGUAAUAAUGGAUUAAAUAAUAUUAAUAACAAUAAUAAUAAUAACAUUAAUAAAUUCAAACAAUAUUUUAAUCCAAAUAUUAAUAAUAGUGUAAAUAACAACAUUGUAAAUAAUAAUAAUAACAAUAAUAAUAAUAGUAAUAUUUUAAAAUAUUUAUGGAACACCUAUACCCAGACAGUAAUAUACCAAGAUUCAUUAUUUAAUUUGGUCGAGUUUUUACAAUUUUUUACACAAAAUUAUUAUCAAACCACAAAUAGCGAUCUAUUAUUUUUAUCACAAGGAACUUUAACAGAUAUCACAAGACAUAUUUCAAAGCAUCUCAUUGAAGAAAUUGGCUAUAACUGUACUUUUUUAAAUCAGCAACAACAAACAUCACCAUUGUUACCAAAUAGCAAUAUUAAUUUAAACAAAUUACCAGAAUAUGAAAUUUAUCAAUAUCUUAUUGGAUUUUCAACAGCUGGUGAGGGACCAUUGUUAAUGUCAUCAUUAGAUAUACUUUCAAGACAAUCUCCAAAUGGAAUACCGAUUUCUUUCUUAAGAUUUUUAAUUACAAUUUUAGUUAAAAUUUUAUCAUUACCAUUCGAUAUAUUAAUAAAUGUAGACUUGCAAAAUAAUAGUAAUACUAGUAACAUUAAUAAUAAUAGUGGUGGCAGUAGUUUUGGUAGUUUUUUAAUAAAUAAUAAUAACAAUAAUAAUAGUAGUAAUAAUAAUAAUAACGACUUUUCCAAUUUUAAUGGUAUCACAAAUAUAAAUUCAAAUAAUAAUAAUAGUAGCCAGGAAAAAGAUAAAAAGAAAUAUGUAAAUAAAUCAAAUUUUAAACCAAUAGAAUCAUUUUUUUAUUUAUCACCAUUACCAUCAUCCUUAAGCGAUAUUUUUAGAGACGAUGAUAUAAAUAUUAACAGUAAUAUUAAAAAUUCUAAUAAUAAUAAUAACAAUAACCCUUCGACAAACCCAUUAUCAUUAUCAUCAACUCAAAUUUUUUCACCAUAUAUAGAAAAAACCAAUAUUGAUAAUAAUAGUAAUAAAAGUAAUAGUAAUAAUGAUAAAAACAAUAAUGAUAAAGAAAAAAAUAAUAAAGGUAUACCAAGCUCAUAUGAAGAGGUGUCAUCACUUGUAUUGUUAUCAUAUCAAAUUUUAAAAAUAAUUGAAAAUUUAAUUAAAGAUACAGAGUUUCUAUAUGAAUUGGUAACAUCUGAUUGUUUAUCUCAACUACAGAGUAUAUUUCCCAAAGUAUUAGUUUUAUCACAAUCAUAUCUACAACAGUCACAACAACAACAACAAUCAUCACCAUUUAAAAUAAAAUCAUUUUCAAUUAUAUAUCAACAACUAUGCCAAAUAUUUUCACAAAUUAUGUCAAAAUCAUGUUUGUCAUCCGAUACAAUUAUUUUAAUUCAUAGUUAUAAAUUAAUAAAAUAUUUAUUAAAUAUCAUGGAUAGACAAAAAGAUCAGCAACAAUUAAAUUCGAUAAAUAUGAAUUUAAUUAUUGAAUUAAGUAAAAUUAUAAUAUUUAGUAUAAAAUCAUCUAUAGGUAUUACAAGAUUAUUACAUGAAGAUUUUGUGAAGUCAAAUGGUUAUUCAAUGUUAUUAAAUGCAAUGAUAUUUGUGUCAGAGUUUGGAACAUUAAAGAACAAAGUAGAUUUCAUCCAAGCAACAACAAAUUUAUUAUUUAUAGGAUAUCAACAACAUUCAUUAAUAUCAUCAUUUUCAUCAACAUCUUCCUCUUCUUCUGCCUCAUCUAAUCAUGUCGAUACCAAAGCAAACACUAAAAUAUUUGAAAUUUAUUUAAAUGUCUUCUCAAUUUCAACAUCAGAAGAAACAAAAACUGAAUUGCUAAAGUGUAUCAAGGGUGUAUUCUAUACAAGUUUAAUUGAGGAAAGUUCAAUCCCAACUAGUGAUGCUUUUACCUUUAAUAUAAUGACAUCUUCAUCUCCAUCACAAAACACAAAUAACAAUACUACUGGCGCACCAUUAGGUAAUAGUACUUCAGCUCAAACUGGUUUAUUAUCAAGUUCAUUAUCAACAAAUUCAAGGGAUAAUAUUAUAUUCGAAGAGGUUAUAGAUUUAGACAGUAGUGAUAAUCACUUAAUUUUCCAUCAAUUUCAACCAUUUACCAUCCUAUUUAGUCAAUUUGAUAGUCUUAAUAUUCAAAACAGAAAAAUGAUUUUAGAUAUGAUGGAUGUUUUAUUAACUAAAAAUCGUAUCUCCAUUACCGAGUUAAAAGAUUACUGUAAUUUAUUCAAGUCAGAACUUCCAAGUACUGUAUUAUUAGUUUCCCAACAUUUAACAGAGCUUUUGAGCAAAGGUAAAGUUAAUUGCGAAGUUUUAGGCAGAGAUUUAGGCCUUGUUCAAAAACUUAUGGAGUUUUUAGUCGAUCCAUGCACUCUUAGAUUCUAUCCAAUUCUUUUAAACAACAAAGAAGAGCUUUCAUUAUGUUAUACUCUUAUCUCUGGUAAACAUUUCCAUAAUAGCAAAUACUUGGUAUUGUAUAUGAUUGUCACAGAGAUACUCAAUCUUUUGUUAGAAUUAUUGGUACCAGCUCAAAUUCAAAGUAUGUUUGUUCAAGACCAGGGUUUAAAGGCCUUGUAUCGAUUACUAUCAGAUGAGUAUUUAAUUCAACCUGCUUUAAAAGUUAUAGCCAGUAUUGCAAUUGGUGGUUUACAAUUAGAGUCAAAAAUCAUCCCAGAUCUUAUGAUCGAGCUUCAAACCAACGGCGGUGGUGCCUCAAAUUUAGAUUCAAAGGUGCUUACUAUGAGAAAGAAUAUCUUGUCAACAAUGUGCUAUAUUUUUCAUAAUAACAAAAAUUCCAAAAACUCAUUUAGAGUUUCCGGAGGUUUCAUAUGGUCAGUAACAAUAUUAGAAGGUAUCAGUAGAUUCAUCAAUGGAGGAAAUAAUAAUGAUAAUAGUGGUUUUCAUCAUCAUAUGAGUAGUAGCGGCAGUAAUUUAGGCGGAAUUCACUAUCAUAUGUCAAUUUCUGGUAAUAGUAUAGAUUCAAUCGGUAUUGGUAAAGAUAAAACAAGUACAUCAAAUGAAAUAUUCUUUUUCCUUAAAGUUCUUAUCGAUACUUUAUCAGCUGUAAUGAAAAAUAAUCCAGUAAAUCAAGAUUAUUUCAGAAGAGAGAUUCAAUUUUCAACUCUUUCAACAACCUUAAAAGCAUGUAGAUAUAUGGAGGGUGUAUAUGCCACAUCUCUUUGUGACUCAUUAUUGAAUAUGGCAGUAUCAGGUAGCUGGCCACCAUCAUGCGAAGCACAUUCACUAGAGGAUGGUUCAUUGCUUUCUCUAUAUUCACCAAUCACUUCAUUUUUCCCAAUUAACUCAACAUUAUCAAAAAGUUUCGAUAUCAAUUUUAAUACUAAAUUUAUUGAAAAGGAGAGACUAGAACAACUUUCAAAAAUAAACGAAAAUGAAAUUUUAGAUCAACAAUCACCACCCAAAGUUAUUUCAGAAUCACCAUCAAGAUCACCAUUGACACCAGCACAAGCUUUACUAUUAACCAAAAGCCCAACUCGUAGAGGUAGAUCAUAUACAAACGAUUUUUAUGUUGACAGAAGUAGUAUACUAAAUUUAGAGAGUAUUGAUAAUAAUGAUAUUCUCAAAUCCCCAUCAAUGAAUUCAUCACUUAACUUAGACUUGGCUUCAGAUAUUAGACCAACCGUUCAAGUACUAUCAACUACAAGUAAAUUACCAGAGAAAUCGUCAUUAGCAUUGGCUCAAGAACGUUAUAUAUGUUGUCAAUCUUGCCGUGACUCUUUAACUAUCGAGAAUCCAGAAAUUUUUAAACUUAUUAUUCUUUUAAUGUCCUCAGAGGAUGAUAUAAGUAUGACCGAAACUAAAUCAUCUUGCUAUAUCAUCAAAGAAUUAAUAUUUUUAACAAGUGCUUCAUUGGCAAAUCAAAAAAGACUUUCAUCAUUACUUAUUGAUAUAAUAACUCAUUUUAAACCACUUUUGCUUUCAAAUUAUAAUAGUUUUGAUAGUAAUAAUAAUGACCAACCAUCAAAUUUAAUCAAAAAGAAAUUAGAAACCACUGCAAGAUUAAAACCAUUGCUUUUAGAUUUUAUUCAAACUUUAGCAGGCCACAAUUUAACAUUAAUUGAAUUUAGAAAGUAUUUCGAACUACUCAAGAUUAAAGAUCAAUAUCCAUUGGACCUUUUGAAUCUUUUGUUAAAAAUAUCAAGUAACCGUGAAAAUAUACCAUUAUAUUAUGCAGAGUUAUCAAAACAUGGUUUAGAGUAUAUCGACUUUCCAUCAUGGGGUGAAAGAACAUGGCCUCCAACUAAAGGCAUAGGCAUAUCAUUUUGGUUUAGAUAUUCAUUACCAUGUCUAAGUAUAAAUAAAUCACCAAUAUCUUUACUAAGUAUUGAUGGUUCAAUAGGAAAUGUAAAUAAAAACUGUGAAAUUCAAUUAAUAUUAGAUUGUGGUAUAUUACAUUAUAGAAUCAAUCAUUUUAAUGGAACAUCUGAAACCUAUCACUUUUCAGAUUUUAAAUUUGAAGCUGAUCAAUUUUAUCAUGUCAUGUUAACUCAUUCACCAUCAACACAAAUAAUUUCUUCAGGAUCUUCAUUAUCUUUAUCAGCAACUAACCACCAACACCUCCAUAGUGGUUCAAACUCAACAUUGGGCUCAAGCCAUGGAAGCCAUAUGAGCACAAAGAAAUCACCAGUCAAACUUUAUGUUAACGGUUUCUUACGUGGUCAGAUUUUAGCAAACUAUCCAAAAUCAAACUCAAUGACCCUUUAUGUUAGAUUGGGUGGUACAAAUGCAUCAACAUAUAACCAAGAUUUCUUUAGUGCAAACAAUAGCUGGCAUCUAGGUAACAGCUAUAUCUUUGAAGAGACUCCAACUGAUAAAGAAGUGUUUUAUCUUUAUUUACUUGGUCCAAACCAUUUCAGAGGUCUAAAGGUUGAUAUCUCGUUAAUAGAUUCAAUUGUUCCAUAUUUAGACAGAGCCACUAAAUUACAUCCAUUUUUGAUCGAUCACCUUUUAAACCCAACCAUUCAACAUUUAUAUUCUCUUCACGAAAAAAUUAUGUAUAUUUUCACUGCUAAAUGUCUUUACGUCACAACCCAUAGAAUUACAAACAAAACUGAAUCGGUAACGCACACUAGCGCUCAGCCACAACUUUCAUCAUCUUUAGCUGGUGCUAUUCCAAUGGGAGAUAGUAAUUCCCAAGCUUUUAGUAUUUCAAAUUCAAUAAAUUUAAUCAGAAAAGGUUCAAUUAAUUUAGAAAAUGCCCGUUCAUUAGAAAGAAGCAAUAGCUUAAGCAGCAAUAUGAGUACAAUUAGUAUUAACUCUUCAGUUGCUCCAGGUACACCUCAAAAGGAUAUCUCUUUAUCAUCAACUCUUAAUACCGAUUCAAUUGGACAAAGGGAUAGAACGGCAUCAAUGAACAGCCCUUUAUCUUUAUCCUCAUCAGUUAGUGUAGCAGGUAGUGGUAUAACAUCAACAAAUUCAGUUCAACCAUCAUUUUCAGUUAUGUCGAUUGCUGGUUCUAUGGCAUUACCCCAAUCACCAGGUAAACAUAAUCAUGGUACAGGUUCAAGUAGCUUUUAUCAAAAUCAAUUGGGUAGUCUUAAUAACUCACUUAAUAACCAAAUGGUUUUAUUAUUACAAAGUGGCUUACCAAUUCCAUUACCAUCAGGUGUCAUAAGCCAAAUAGGUGUAAGAGAAGUUAUUAUGAAUUCAGGUGGCGUUUCAGUAAUUAUUUACCUAAUUGCCGCCUCAAAUGAUAAAGAAUAUCAAAGAUCAGGUUUGAAAUUACUUCAAUCGAUUAUUCACAAUAGCCAACAAAAUCUUAAAGAUAUGAAAGAAAUCUCUGGUUAUCUAUUGGUAUCCUAUUUAAUAAGAAAAAAGAAUUGGGUGUUGGACGAUCAAUUGCUAUCAAUUUUAUUCUCCUUUGUUGGUAUUCAAUCAACAAGAACAUCAAUUCACUAUAUCGACGGUGUUGUCCAAGAUGUUUUAGCUUUAAAACACUUCUUAUUAGAACGUUCCAUUUGGAGAAGAGCCUCUAUUCCUGACCAAAAGAAACUUUUUGAAAGUUUGGAAAAAUUGGUCAAUGCACUUCACGAGAAUCAUGAUUUCAAUAUAAUAAAGUUUAGACAAGCUGGUGCUUUUGAAACUAUAUUAAAAAUGUGCAGAGAAGAAGAUUUACCAUUAGAUCUCUUACCAACCCUUAUCAAAAUAUUACAUUCUAUUGUCCACAAACCAAAUAAACUAAAAGAAGAUUUACAAUUAAUUUUAUCAUGGUUAUUAGAAACUAUUCCAAGACAACAGAUGUUAAAGAGAUAUAAUUCUUUCUAUAAUAACAACUCUUCAAUUUUAAAUAGUGGUAAUCCUUCAUCAACAUUUUCAAGAAAAAGAUCAUCAAACAAAACUUUAUUCCUACAUUUAGAAAAUCAAUCAAACUCUUUAUUGCCAAUUGUAAAUAAUAGUUUUAAUAGUAGCAAUAGUAAUAACAACAACAACAAUAGUAAUAAUAAUGAAACAGCUAUUAGUCAUGAUGAAUUUAUUAGAACUAGUAUGUUAAAUUUAUUAUUGGAUAUUUUAUCAAAAUCUGACAAUCAAGUUAUUGAAGACUUCCAUUCAAUUUGUAGCAUAGAAACUAUUUUUGGUUUGUUAAUUAAUGAGUCAGUAACCACUAGAGUAAUGUUUUUAAAGAUUAUCGAUAUCUUUUUGCAUAGUAAUGUAAUUUCUCAACAAUUUAUCAAGAUGAAAGGUUUCCAUUUAUUAGGUCAUCAACUAUUAUCAUUCAAGACAUCAGAGCAAAUAUUUGGUGUAUUGUUUUGUAUAUUAUUUGGUAAACCAUCCAAUUCAGAUAUAUUAGAAGGUGUUUCAAUGAGAAUCUAUUUCCUUAGCCAUCUUAGCGACGCAGAAAUGAAGUACCCAGGUGCUAUAAUAUCGAUUCUUAUUAUUUUAUGUAAUUCAUCUGAUACAACUCAACACAUGAUCAUUAAAAUGAUCCAUAAUAUAUUUUUACAAAGCGAUAGUUUCAAGACACUCUUAUUAGAAAACGAAUUAAUUCCAAGAUUAGUAGAUAUUUUAGCCUCAAAUUUCCAAAAGAGAAUGAAUGGUACAUCUGUUGGAUCCCUAUUCCAAAGCAAAGAUGAUGAUAAUUGGGUCGCUGAAGAAGCAAUCCUUUCAUUGCUCAAAGAAAUUUCAUUACAUGGUGCAAAAUCACAAGAUAGCAGCGUUUUACGUGAUAUACUCGUAGUUCUUCAUUUGAACAAUAAAAUGGAUUACGAUUAUAUCUGUUGCCUCCAAAGAAGAGUAUUGUUUGAUGUUAUUGCAUUCUUUAAUGAUAACAAAACUUUUGGUAACAUUGAUUCAUUAGCAUCAUCAUUUGAAAAGCUAUGUGUCCUUACCAUUCAUACACUAUCAUACCAAGAAAAGAAAGAUACAACCCCAGCCGCACCAAAGAAAGGUUUUAAUAAGACAAUUAGUAAUAUAACAUCUACUUUUUCACCAAAACUAAACCAUCCCCAUCAUCACCGUUCUCAAAGUACACCAGUUGCUCACUCAAAUAUUAAUAGUUUACCAACAACCUCCACGAUUAUUAGUAGUGAUGAUAAUAAUAGUGGGACAUCUAAUGCACCACCAUCAUCAUCAAAUGAAAUUUCGAGUGAUCCCCAAUCAACUGAAGACUCAUCAACUACCGAUUCAGACUCACCGGGUUCAAAGAGUAAAAACCACUAUCACAAUAUUAAAAAUUUAAAGAAUAUACCAAUUUGGAUAAAAGAAGGUAAUCUUUUAGAUCGAGAUGACUUUGUAAAGUCUCUUCUUAAAGUUCUCAGUAAUACAAAAAUCCCACAAACCAAUACAUCCUACAGAAACUUAUUUUCUACUCAGUAUUCUGCAAGAUCAUUACUUUGUAAAUUUGUUUAUAUUCUCUUAACAUUUAAUGAAUUUUCAGAUACUAAUCUAAUGGUAUUACAAGAACUUUCAAAUAUGUUAGCAACAACUCCAUUUACCUCUCCAUCAAUGCAAUCAAACUCUUCAAUUUCAAAUAAUUCAACACCAAUGAAUUUUACACCAAUUAUGAAUAAUAGUGGUAACCACUCUGAAUUAUCACCUUCAGAAACAACAUCAUCAACAUCUUUAACACCACAAACAAAUAGUUUAGCCUAUUCUCAACAAACAAAUAACCAAAUUCCAAUUAUUAACAUUAGUAAUACUGAUGAAACAUCAUCACCAAAUUUAACAAGCAAUUUAAGUUCAGUUUUAUCAGAACUUAUUUUAGAAGAGGAUUUCAUAUUGGUACUAUUACAUAUCACAUAUAAAUUUAUACAAUCAAAUAAUUUUUAUCCCAUGGAAAUUCAAAGAACUUGUUUUAAACUAUGGAUAUCAAUUAUUCAAAACUGUAAUCAAGUUGAUGUUGUAAAGAAAGCCUUCGAUACCACCACAACCUCACUUAACACAUUAGCAUCCUCACAAGAGCCAAGAGAUCUUUUAAUUAGAUAUCAGCAAGUAUUUGUAGAGAAUGAAUUUAAGAAAUGGGAAGAAAAAUUCAACCAAAGUAAGAGAGAGUGGAAACUUCAAUACUUAGAAACUCAAAAGAAUAAACAAAGUACCAUUAAUAAGAAUCAAGAUAUUUCAAAAUCCACCAAGAAACUCUCUGAAAGUUUAAUUACAUUAAAAUCUGAAUACGAAAAAUCAAACUAUCAAUACAUGAUCGAAAAUAGAAAAAGCAAAAGAUUCUUCCAAACCCAAUGGAAACUAUUGAUUAAAAAGAUAACACAUGAAAAAGGAAUUUGGUCAAUUAACGAAUCAAUUUUAAUUAAUGACGCCACCGCAUUAACAACAAAGAAAUGGAAACUAGAUCCAACAGAAGGUCCUCAUAGAAUGAGAAUGAGGUUAAAACAAAUUUCUGAUAACACUAGAAAUAGCCAUAUUCCAAUUUUAGCAGAGCUAUCAUCACCAUCAACUCCCAAUGCUACCCCGACAACUCCUCCAAAUAUAACUACCCCUUCACCAUCUGAAACACCAUUCUCUACAUCUCCAAAUCAACUUAAUCAACUACUAACCAACCAAAACUCCUUGGACUAUUCAUCCUUUGACAACUUGAAACUGGGUGAAAAAGUUGAUGAAGUUUUCAAGUGCUCAUGUAUUAGCCCAUUCUAUCAAAGAGAUGGUGAAUUAUUAAUUUGUGACCAAAAUGUUUACUUUUUAGACGAACUACUUACAACCGCAGAUAGAUUUAGACAACAUGAUGAUGGUAUAAAUCUUUUAGAUGGUAAAAUCAAUAACAACAAUAACAACAGUAAUACCAAUAGAUCGAACUCAUCAAAUAUUAGCAGUAUUAAACCACCCCACAGAGGCAAACAUAUUAUUUGGUCCUAUGAAGAUAUUAUCGAAAUUCACAAGAGAAGACAUGUACUUAAGAACAAUGCUAUUGAAAUUUUCUUGGGCAGUGGUGUUCCACACAAAACAUAUUUAUUUGCAUUCAACAAAACCACUGAUAGAGAUACUGUAUACGAUUUAAUCAUGUCAAAACCUUUACCAAAUCGUGUGGACUAUGCUGCAGAAGUACAAGGAAACAUUCUCAAGAUGUCUAUAACAAAGAAAUGGCAAAGUGGUUUAAUUAGUAAUUUUGAAUAUUUAAUGCAUUUAAAUACUUUAGCCGGCAGAUCAUUUAACGAUCUUACACAAUAUCCUAUAUUCCCAUUCAUCUUAAAAGACUAUACAUCAGAGAAAUUAGAUUUAGAAAACCCUGAUUCAUUUAGAGAUUUCACAAAGCCAAUGGGUGCUCAAGAUCCAGAACGUUUACAGAAAUUUAUAGCUAAAUAUAACUAUCUUUUAGAAACCAAUGAAAAACCAUACCAUUAUGGCUCUCACUAUUCAAACAUUGGUUCAGUUCUUCAUUUCCUAGUUAGAUUACAACCAUUCACCUCUUAUUUUAUAGAAUUCCAAGGUGGUAGAUUUGAUGUACCCGAUCGUGCUUUCCAUUCAAUUGCUCAAUCAUGGAACCUUUCCUCUUCGAUCUCAAGCUCAGAUGUAAAAGAAUUGAUUCCAGAAUUCUUCUACUUACCAGAUUUCUUGGUUAACUCAAACAAAUUUAAUAUGGGAACCAAACAAGAUGGUGUUAAAGUAGAUGAUGUGCUUUUACCUCCAUGGGCUCACGGUGAUCCACGUCUAUUUAUAAAAAAACAUAACGAUGCUCUUGAAUCUAAAUACGUCUCUGAAAAUCUCCACCAUUGGAUUGAUUUGAUGUUUGGUUAUAAACAACAAGGUGAAGCUGCCGCUAAAGCAUUCAAUAUGUUUUUCCCACUUACUUAUGAAGGUGCUGUUGAUAUUGACUCGAUCGAAGAUCAACUAACCCGUGACGCAACUAUUGCACAAAUUCAUAGUUAUGGCCAAACACCAAAACAAAUAUUUACCAAACCACACCCAAAGAAGAAUUGGAACAAAACUAUUCGUGUUGUUCAAGACUGUAUAUUCACCAAACCAGAAAAACUCACCUCGUAUACUAUGUUCCAAUAUCGUUCGCCAAUAGGCUCAAUUGCUAUUACAAAUGACUCAUCACCAAUUCAUUUAGCUCCACAACGUAUUCUCUUUUAUCCAGAUAACAAUAAAUCUAUUUCAUGGGGUCACUGGGACCAAAAUCUUAGAGUUAAUUCAAUUGAUACAGGCAAAGUACUCUCCAUUAUCGAAGUAUUAAACGAUGAUAUUAUUUGUGGAGAUAUCACAAAGAAUGGUCGUCUCUUUGUUACUGGUGGUACUGCAGGUACAGUUAAAGUUUGGAAACGUUGUAACAAUGACGGCACUGUGAUGACAAGAAAAGAACGUGGUGACAAUCUCAGUCUCUGGUCAACAUUAUAUGGUCACACAAACUCAAUUCUCUGUAUUACCGUAAGUCAAGAAUUUAGCAUUAUAGUCAGUGGUUCAAAAGAUUCAAAUUGUAUUAUUUGGGAUUUAAAUAGAUUAACCUUUAUCAACUCUCUCCAACAUGAAAACCCAGUUACCUCUAUCCAAGUAUCACAAACAACAAACAGCAUUGCUACAUUUGAAACUUGUGUUAACAGCAGUUCAAACACUGAAAUCGAAACUAAUAAUAACUUUAGCUACUCAGGAACUUUAAGAUUAUGGAAUAUUAAUGGCAAAUUAAUCGAAAAGAAAUCAUUUAAUAACGAUCGUGUAAACUGUAUGGCAUUUACAUCAGCUAUUGAAGGUGUAAAUACUAAUUUAUUAAUUACUGGUAUGCAAUCUGGCUCUAUUAUACUUUGGAAUGCUUAUAAUCUUCAAAAAAUUAAAGUUUUACAUUCAAAAGGAGCUCCAAUAACAGCUUUAGCUGUCAGCAAAGAUAAUAGCCAAUUAAUCUCAGGUGAUGUAAAUGGUUUAAUCGAGUGUUGGUCAAGUCGUAGCUUCGAUGGAUACUCCUCUAUUGUCGGUUAA